UGUUUGUGACUUCGUAAGUUGCGUGUCAUUCCUUUAUCGUUUGUACACCGAAAUUAAAAACUAUCAUAAAUGGGUGUGGUACUUGUGUUUUGCAGGCCAAAAUUUCGGGUACUUUAGUCCAUUGAUGGUCUGCGUACAGGGAUAAUGUCUCGGCAAAGUGAAUACAAAAGUUGUUUGCCCUUAGAUGAUGUGAUAGCAUCAAAUGAUCUAAAAACUACAACAACUUCAGAUCCCCUAAACAUAUUGAAAGUUGAUGAAGAAUGGCUAGAGUCACAGUUAUACAACGGUUACCGUGUAUGGCACAUUAUUUUUUUCAUCAUGACCGUCUUCUUCACGCUAGUGGUGUUUAUGUGCUGUUGUGUAAGAUUUCGAAUUCCCAGGACUAAACAAGAAAUAGAAGCUGAUUUUGUACGCCGUAAGAUUGCUACAAAAUUUUGCAAACAAUUACGAUUAUUGAGUGAUACCGAAAUGGACAACAUGGACCUGUUAAAAGCACUAAAACGACUUCAAUCAGAGCUUGAAAUUCCUAGCAAUGAAACGGUAGAGGAGUCUGACGAAGUACUAUCAUCAACUAAAACUAUUUCACCAAGUUUAAAAAAGUCUCCAAAAUCAUCAGAUUUUGAUUCUUCUGUGGAAAAGCUAGACGAAGAACCAGAAAAUGUACUCAGUGGUCGUUUAGCAACAUUGGUCAAUGUUUUGAAUGUUAUGAAACCACGUCGUAAACAUACAGCUGAUGAAAUCACACCAAAUCUUAUAACAGUUUGAAUUAAAUACUAAAAUGUCUUAGUAAAUAAAUAAAAAAUA